CAUUCAACCAUGGCGAGCGCAGCCGUCUCAGACAUCUUCUUCGUCCUUGCGUUCCUCUUCAUAUCGGUCUGUGUCCUCCUACUUCUACGACACUAUCUUCCACUGCGGUCGACUCCUGCCUAUGUUCUGGUGCCGGUGUUCCUCGCCAUCGCCCUUCCCGCCACCGCGAUUGUCCUGGUGCCGAUCGAUAUUUCAUCUGCAGCCGCCCGCAAUGCGGAGCGGGAGCAACAUGGAAUCUGGUUAUCGGAGCGGGCGCUGCUUGUCUUCUGGAGGAUAUGCUACUGGCUGACAUUCUCCCUUACCUGGUUAGUCCUCCGGGUAAUCCUCCCAGUUCUCGGCGAAUAUGUCGACUCAGGCUACCGCGAACCGAAAGACCGACUCCUGUACUCGCUGCGGGCGAAUGUGCGAUACCAACUGAUCGUCCUUACAACCGCAAUACUAGCCGGAGUGUAUUUCUUCCUCAGCGCUGGCUUCCGAUUCGCGAGCCUGAAGGCCCUGGUCAUGGCCCUCGCAUACUCCUGGGGUCUGUUAAUCGCAACAUAUUUGAUGGGCCAUGGACUGGUCGCCCUACCCCGGCACAUAUUCCAAAACGCAUCCAUCGCGCAUCGGCUUCGUCGACUCCAGUCUAGCGCGCCGAACAUCCACGAUAACCUCAUGGACGCGAUCGACGAACUCGCAGAGCGGGAGAACCAAGUCGCGCAGCUGAAACAGCGCAAGACGGGGAGUGCGCGGGAGUUCCAGGAGUGGAUCGACGAACUCGCCGAGCUAUGCGCGCUUCCCGAGUCGCGGACUUUACCUGUCAUCCGGGUGCCUGUGUCUAGGACCGCUGGCGGGGUUCCGAAUGUGAUCACUGCGAGAUAUCUUGCCGAUUUGACAAGGAAGCUACAGCAUUCGAGGAACAAGAAGGCUCGGUAUACCGUCGAGUGGAACCGAUUGAUGAAGAACGCUUCCCGCGCUAAGGCGAUCGUUGAUUCAGCGGCGAAUCGGAAGCUAACAUUCGUAUCCGGCACUGAUCCCGCCGUCCUACCAUUUCGGAUUCACACCCCAUACACGCGGCAUGUCUGGUAUUACCGAGUCCAACCCAUCACGCUCUACCUUCUCUCCGCCGUCCUCUCUCUCCUCUCUCUGCUCCUAUUUUCCUCCGUCAUCCUCGCCCCCUUCAACCCCUCCAUCACUCCCCUGACCCUCACGACCUUCUCCAACCCCUUCUCCAAACACCCUACUCCCCUCCCCACCUUCCCCAUCCUCCUCCCCCUCUACCUCUUCCACCUCGCCCUCACCACCCUCUACCCCCUCCCCCGCCUCCCCCUCUCCUUCUGGCGUGCCCGCACUCUCACCCCGCGCGCCACCCCCCUUGAACCCGCCGCCUGGUUCUCCUCCCUCAUCGCCCGCCUCGCCCUCCCCCUCGCCCUCAACGUCUCUUCCACCCUCCCCCGUCCCAUAUACCACUCCACCAUCUUCUACCGCUUCCUCGGCGUCCAGGUCGACCUCACCCCGCUCGGCGCCGGGUUCGCGCGCUUCGCCCCCGCCAUCAUCGUCACCCUGGCCGCCCUCGCCGCCCUCCUCGGCGUCUACGGACGCGUGGGCGGGUGGUUCAGCGGCCCGAUGAUGGUGGGCGAAGAGGAGGAAGGCGUCGGCUUGCUCGGCGACCAGGGAAGACGAGAGCGAGAUGUGGCGGACACCCAGCGAUGGAGGGAGGGCAAGGCUCUCUUGGAGCGGGAAGUCGGCACCGGUGGUCUCGGCAUGACGGACGGCGAAGGCGGUGCGACCGCCAGUAAUGCAACUGGAACCAGCCGACCCGUCGGCACCGCCGGGACCCCCCGGCACCAAGACUCGCGAGACGACGACGCCGCCGUGGCGCGCGUAACCCGGGGCUCCACCCCCACCCCCCGCUCCGGCCGCACCGCCUCGCCACCCCCCAACCCCGUCCGCGCCGCGCGGAUCGCGCGAGAAGCCGGACGCCCCGCACGCCGCGAUUUCGCGACGGUGGGCGACGUCAGCGGCGAUGAUGAGGGGUUCGGGGGAUGGUGGGGGGAUUUCACACAUCGGGUGAAGAAUACGUUUGAGACGAUGGAUCGGCCGGCGUGGAUGGGCCCGGAGGGGUCACCGGGGUGGUUGGGUGGAGGGGAGGAAGGGAGGGAGGAGGCGAGAGAGGAAGGGGAUGGACCGUUGAGUGGGUUGACGAGAUGGUUUGGUGGGAGUGGUGGGGGAUUGGAAGGACGAGUGAGGCUCUGA